AUGUCACCCAACAUGGACAUGACUACUAUCGGAGCGCUUGUGACUGAGCGUCAAGCCAACGACUUUAUGGCUUUCCGUGAUGACAUAACUGCCUGGCAGAACACGAGAAACCAGUACAGAAGCUCCGGAAAAGAGGUUCCUCCGGCGAUCGCAGCCGUCACAAGCUGGAUCGAAGCCCAACUUGAGAAAGCAGUCGGGGCCAUAUACGACGGCGUAUUGGAGACAGCACACGUCUAUUGUAACCGGAUACGGUACGGAAUGAGGGCCUUCGAACAGUUCACGCGCGAGGAGGCACUGUAUGGCGGCCUCAUCAUGGAGCUCAGGCAGAUCUUGAGAGACCACGACCUGAUGAAGGACCUCCACUGUAGCGCCAAACGCCUGCCAGAACUAUGCGUCAAACACGACAUGAAGGAAAUUACGCCUCAGGAGAUUGAGGACGCACAAGAUCAACAGGGUUGGAGGGCGGCCACGAAUUGGUCGGACUUGAUCCGGGAGGUCGAUCGGGAGCUUCGCUGCACCGCCGAGUGGAAUCAUUGCUACGGAAGGUACGGGGAACGUGGCUGGCGAAGCACGCCUUUCGAAUGUCCGCCAAAACCGAAAACGCCCUUCUCGAAUGUGGCGCGGGCAGUUAUCGACCUUUGCCUCGAUGAGGUCAGCGAGGAGGAUAACUGGGAGUCCGUCGUGGAGAUUGUUCGAGAACAGAUAACAACGCCGAAUGACUUCAGCCCCUACACAAAAUAA